CCAUAAUCCCGUUUGCUAAUUAACGGGCGUGCGUGCAUCUGCGCUGCUGUUUUGCGGUAUUAAUAUUUAAGGGCAGCGUUCGGAGCGCGAGGCUUCAUGAGCGAGGACGUUUUUGCAAUUCUUUCGUUCCCGCUCACGUGUUACAAGUGUGGCACCGUCCAUUUUGUGUUCUUUUGGAAACGAUGUGCUUUCUAGUGAACAUCGUUCUGGCCCUGCUGAGCCGCAUCCUGUUUGCGGUUCACGGCAUAGUGACAGUGUGGCGGGUGGUGCUCGUAAGAGGACCAAUGUACUGGUUGCUCCUGUUGGGCAUCACUCUACUGGCUAUCGAGCUCGCCAUCACCCUGAAGUACACCCGAAAUGCAGAGUGGAAAUGGUUCUCCCCGAUGGUGUUCCUCUACCUGUGCACCGUCGUCCCCUCCAUUUGGGUGCUGGAGCUGAGCCUGUUGGAAGGGAACGUCAAUGCCAAUGUAUCAGAGAUGAACUACAAAUUCUUCAAAAGGAUCCCGAUAUCUGUGACCACUAAUAUGAAAAUCAAUCCAGAGGACUGGGUGACUGGGCUGGAGCAAACCAUGCUCAUCGUGUUGGUGAUCGGGCGCUGGCUGAUGCCAAUGGGACACUUGUCCCGCGACCAGCUCUCCCAGCUCCUGAUGGUCUACGUGGGACUGGGCGCUGACAUCCUUGAUAUCUUUGACACCUUCAGGCAACAGGAGAUCAAGGAAAACAAAAAAGUGCUCCUCGUCGGCUUGGGUCUCUUCUCGUGGGCGCUCAUGCAGUUCCCCCUGGUGCUCACUCACAAAGGCGGGGACGCCCGGAGGACCCGUGGCCGCUUCGCCCGUGGCCGGAUCGUCCAGAACGUGAGGACGUGGUGCCCAAGUGAGGUGUGGAUCUUGCUUCUGACGGUCGGACUCCAAGACGGCCCCUUCAUGUGCUACCGCCUUUACCUCUUGAUACACGAAAAUGUGCUCAACCAGCUGAUGAUCUUCUUCACUUGCAAGAACAUCCUGGUGGUCCUCAUAGAGUUCUACCGGAUAUGCGUGGUGAAGUGGGAGCAUCAGAAGAACAUAUAUGGAGAAUUCUCUUGGAAGAGAUGGUGUAGAGGGUGCUGCGGGAGGCAGCAGGAAGAACUGCAGCUGGCGGACAUUGAACUGACAACUUCAGGGCAGAAUUCCGAGACGCAGCCCUCGGAACCAGAGAGGGAGCAGUGAGGUCGAGCUGGGGACCCGCACUUAAACUCAACACCAGCACCGAAACCCACUUUAAAACGGUUCAUUGAGAGAUUUUUUUUUUUUUUUUUUUUUAAAUUGCAUUUCUGAGAUCAGACAAAGACUACUAAUAAGAAAAUCACGCAAAUACAACGUUGUUUGAGCCUGAAUGGACACAAGUAUGCUUCACUUAUUUUGUGUAAAGAAAAACAACAAAAAGCUGAUUGUGCAUAUACAGUUUUAAUAUAUCAAGAGAUUUGUAUUACGCUGUUGACAUUUUUACUAA